CGCUGGCGGCGGCGGCGGCGCCUCGACGGCCGCGGGGCAGCGCAGCGCGGCGCAGCGCGGGGCCGCGGCCCGGCGGCAGAUGCCGUGAGCCGCGGCCAUGUCGGACGAGAAGCCGCCGCAGCUGGUGGACUACUUCGUGGUGGCGGGGCUGACGGACGCCUCGCAGCCGCUGGAGGAGGAGAGCCAGCAGCACCGCCCGGCGCGGCCCAGCGAGCCCAUCACGGACGUGGCCGUCAUCAUCCGCUCGCAGGGCGAGGAGGUGCCCCACGGCUUCACCUGCAUCGAGACCACGACCUCGGGCCACCCCGUGGACCUCAAUGCCGGGCUGCUCAACAACCCCCAGAUGUACAUAUGCUACAAGCGGGGCCGCGACAAGCUGCCCCUCAUCGAGCUGGGGGUGCACUAUGAGGGCAAGGACCGCCCGAAGCCGGGCUACAAGAUCUUGGACACGACGCCCUACAGCCGCUCGGCCAACCUGAACUCGGGCGGGCCGGGCCACCAGCGCACCUUCCUGGCGUACCGGCGGGCGGCCGAGUCGCAGGGCCACAACACGCUGGGCGUCACCGACAUCUGCCUCGUCAUGCCCAGCAAGGGCGAGAGCACCCCCCACACCUUCUGCCGCGUGGACAAGAACCUCAACACCAGCAUGUGGGGCCCGGCGCUGUUCCUCUGCUACAAGAUCGCGAUGGCCAAGGCCAACACGCUGGUGUACGAAGCAGGGCUCCUGGGCCGCUACCCCGAGCAGGACAGCGAGUCCUUCCCUCUCCCCGAGUCGGUGCCCGUCUUCUGCCUGCCCAUGGGUGCCACCAUCGAGAGCUGGCCGGCCGACACCAAGUACCAGCUGCCCGUCUUCUCCACCUUCGUGCUGACCGGCGCCUCGGGCGACAAGGUGUACGGCGCGGCCAUCCAGUUCCACGAGGCCUACCCGCGGGAGCGGCUCUCCGAGAAGCAGAGCCUGCGCCUGGGCCUGCUCAGCGUGGUGGACCGGCGCCCCAUCGCCAGCAAGUCCGUGCAGACCCGCAAGAGCAUCUGCGUCCUCUCCCACUGGCCCUUCUUCGACGUCUUCCGCAAGUUCCUCAUGUUUAUCUACCGCUAUUCCAUCUCGGGGCCCCACGUGCUGCCCCUGGAGACGCACAUCUCCCACUUCAUGCACAACGUGCCCUUCCCGUCGCCGCAGCGGCCGCGCAUCCUGGUCCAGAUGUCUCCGUACGACAACCUGCUGCUCUGCCAGCCCGUGUCCUCCCCGUUGCCGCUCAGCGGAGCCAGCUUCCUGACGCUGCUGCAGAACCUGGGCCCCGAGAACGCCGUGACGCUGCUCGUGGCCGUGCUCACGGAGCAGAAGCUGCUCAUCCACUCGCUGCGCCCCGACGUGCUGACCAGCGUGGGCGAAGCCCUGGUCUCGAUGAUCUUCCCCCUGCGCUGGCAGUGCCCCUACAUCCCGCUGUGCCCGCUCACGCUGGCUGACGUGCUGUGUGCCCCCGUGCCCUUCAUUGUAGGCAUCCACUCCAGCUACUUCGACCUCUACGACCCCCCCAAAGAUGUCAUCUUUGUCGACCUGGACACCAACACCAUCUUCCAGAGCGAGGAGCGGAAGCUGCUGUCGCCGCGGGCCCUGCCCCGCCGGCCCUGCAAGGUGCUGCUGGCCUCCCUGCACAGCCACUUCCAGCAGCUGGACGAGAUGUACAACAAGCCGGUGGAGGAGGCCUCGCUGGAGUUCCUGCUCACGGACUACGACCUGGUGUACGGGCGGCGCAAGCAGCUGGAGCUGGAGAUCCAGGCCUCCUUCCUGCGCUUCAUGGCCUGCGUGCUGAAGGGCUACCGCUCCUACCUGCAGCCCAUCACCCAGGCCCCCUCCGAGAAGACCCGCGACUCCAGCAACCUCUUCUUCCUGCAGGGCUUCCUCAAGUCCCGGGACCGGGCGUACCACAAGUUCUAUGGGCAGCUGCUGCGCACGCAGCUCUUCACGCAGUUCAUCGAGGACUGCUCCUUCGCCAGCGACCGCUACACCUGCCUCGAGUUCUUCGACACCUGCGUGGACAAGGUGCAGGUGGACCUGGAGAAGCCGGAGGACGUUCCCCUGAUGGAGCUGGACGACUCGCACGGCAGCGAGCACACCGUGUUCAUCAUGCCCCCCGAGGAGCCCACGGGACCCGACGGCGCCGAGCUGCCCGCGCGCUACUGCUACGACGGGUUCCCCACGCUGCGCCUCGACCUGCUCGAGCGCUCCCAGGACCAGCUGAUGGCCCAGCUCUGCCAGGCCAAGAGCAGUGCCCCCAGCAGCCCUGCCCCACGCAGGACCAAGCAGGAGAUGAAGGUGGCCCAGCGCGUGGCGCAGAAAUACUCCUCGGUGCCCGACAUGUGGGCCAAGUGCCUGCUGGGGCACUGCUACGGGCUGUGGUUCAUCUACCUGCCUACGUACGUGCGCGCCGCCGCCUCCAAGGUCCGGGCGCUCCAGCUGGCCUACGAGGUGCUCAAGAAGAUGGAGGCUCACAAAGUGGUGCUGCCGGACGAGGUCUGCUACCGGAUCCUGAUGCAGCUGUGCGGGCAGUACGGGGAGCCGGUGCUCUCGGUGCGCGUGCUGCUGGAGAUGAAACGUGCCGGCAUCGUGCCCAACACCAUCACCUACGGCUACUACAACAAGGCGGUGCUGGAGAGCAAGUGGCCGGCGAGCACGCAGGGCGGGCGCCUGCGCUGGGCCAAGCUCCGCAACGUGGUGCUGGGGGCGGCCCAGUUCCGGCAGCCGCUGCGGCAGCGGGAGAGGGAGCGCCGCGCCGCCACGCUGCCAGGUGCGUGCGGCGCCCCGGGGCCGGCCGGGGGGCUGCCGGCGGCCCCCUCCCCGCCCCUGACGGCCCCUCCGGCCCCGGCAGACGGCCGGGCCCCCGCGGCCCCCGCGCCCCGGCCCCGGGCCAGCCUGCAGCGGCAGACCACCUGGGCAGGGCGCAGCCUGCGGGACGCCCCCCCGGCCCCCCAGCUCGUGAAGAGCGGCAGCCUCAGCUUCCCCCACAGCGAGGCCACCACGCUGGAAGCCGGCGUUGCCCACAUGAUCAAAGCCCUGGGCGUGCUGGAGCCCAGCGCCGACUCCCUGCCGGCGCUGCCGCCCUGGCUGCGAGGGCUGCGGGACGCGGCGCCCAGCUCCGAGGACGGGAGCCUGUCGGACGUCAGCUUCGUGACGGACGAGAGCGACCGGCUGACGCUGGACAGCGCGGACGGGCAGCUGGCCGCCGAGGGCCCGGAGGGGCCGGCCGCGCCGGGGGCCAAGCCGUGCCGGCGGGACGAGAACCACAACAGCCUGGCCGGGGGCACGCCGCGCCGGGGGCUGGCCGCCAAGCUGCAGCAGCUGCUGUCGCCCGCCAAGCGGCCCUCGCUGCGGCACGCGGCCAGCAUGGAGCACCCCGGCAGCCUGCGGGACGCCGGCUCCCUGCGCCGGGCCUCCGAGCAGCGGGACAGGGAGCCUGCGCCGCGCCGCAGCCCCAUGGAGACCCUGCUGCAUCCCCGGGAGCGCCCCGAAUCCACCGCCUCUGAGAGCUCCGUCUCGCUGGGCAGCGAGUUCGACCUGUCGGACACGUCGCUCUGCAGCGUGGGCUUCCACAAAUCCUCCGACCCGCUGACCGAGGCCGUGGCCGGACAGGAGCCGCCCGCCGUGGAGGUCCUGCUGUCGAGCUGCUCGCGGUGCCAGGGCUGCGACUCGCUGGUGUACGAUGAGGAGGUGAUGGCCGGCUGGACGUCCGACGACUCCAACCUUAACACCACCUGCCCCUUCUGCGGCCGCUCCUUUGUGCCCUUCCUCAGCAUCGAGAUCCAGGACUUCCAGCAGCCGAGCGUCGCUGAGGACGGCUCCGUGCUGCCUCCCGCCGAACUGGGGCCCGUGCUCAGCGACCGCCUCCGGUGCCUGGCCCUGGAUGAGGCCGAGCCGGAGCCGGGGGCGGCCCCGGGGCUCUGCAAUGGCUCCGUGGACUCCACGGCGCCGCGGGGCCCGCCGCGACGGUCGGAGCGCGUGGCCUUCGCCUACCUGAGCCCGCUGGUGCUGCGCAAGGAGCUCGAGAGCCUGCUGGAGAACGAGGGCAGCGAGUUCCUGGCCCAGCCCGAGCUGGUCGACAGCCACCCCAUCAUCUACUGGAACCUGGUCUGGUACUUCCAGCGCCUGGGGCUGCCCAGCAACCUGCCCCGGCUGCUGCUGGGCUCGCAGCACGUCGCGGCCCCCCCGCAGGCUCAGCCCCCGGACGCGCUGCCGGUGUGCGUGCGCCUGCUCUGGGACGUCCUCACCCCCGAGCCCGACAGCUGCCCCCCGCUUUACGUCCUCUGGCGGCUUCACAGCAACAUCCCCACCCGGCUGCAGUCCUGGCGCCACCACAACCACCCCUUCUCGCUGGCCUUCCUGGAGGCCGUGCUGAACCACGUGGGGCUGAGCGAGGUGCACAAGGCCAUCGCCCUCUUCCUCGAGACGCUGGCCACGCAGAGCAGCCCGCGGCACCAGCAGAGGAGCAUCUACCGGGAGAUCCUCUUCCUCACGCUGGCGGCGCUGGGCCGGGACCACAUGGAUAUCGCCGCCUUCGACAAGAAGUACAAGUCGGCCUACAACAAGCUGGCGGGGAGCCUGGGCAAAGAGGAGCUGCGCCGGCAGCGGGCUCAGCCCCCCAGCUCCAAAGCCAUCGACUGCCGCAAGAGCUUCGGCGCCACCCUGGAGUGCUAGAGCCGGCCCUGCGCCGGGGGGCCGGGGGGGCAGGCACCGGGCACCCCUUCUCCUCCCCGCCGCACUUUAGCUUUGCCUGGCUCCCAGGGAAGGCUCCAGCACCGGCCUGGGCACCUUUUCCCUCCCCGGGCCAGGCGAGGGGCAGCUCCCCCCACUCCCGAGCCCUCGGCCCUGGCAGGGGAAGCCGCGGGGACGGAGGCGUCCCCGGCCCCUCUCCCGGACCUGCGACGCCUCGUCCGGACGCGCGUGCGACACAGACACUGGAACAGGGGGGCUGAGCCGGUGGCUGCUGCCUGCUCGGCCGCUCUAUUCAGCACCCGGUUCUGCUAUGGGAGGGGAGCGCUGGGGUCACAAAGGUUUUUUUUUUUAUGUCAGUGUUAAUAUAUUUUUAUUUAUUUAUUUUCCCGCUUACCCCCACCCCCUUCUCGCUUGUGCUGAGAGUGGGGAUGGUGCCAGGCGCCGGGUGGGCGCUGGGCCCCUGUCCUGGGACGUCUGGGGGGCGUUUUGUCCCCCCACACAGCCACCCUGGGUGCCCGUCCCUCUUGCUGAGGCACGAAGAAACGCCCCAACCCCGUUGCCUCCCAUGCCCCUCUGCCCGCUCGCUCCCACACUGGAAACUUCGCUCGCGGCUGGGAAGGGGCGCUGGGGGCCUCGGAGGGGAGGGGGCCGGGGCCGCCCCGGCGUUCACACUGUGCAAUACGGAGCCCCCUCGCCCCGGGGGUCGGGCGCGUUCGGUGGGUGUGUAAAUAAAGCCGCUUCAGUAUUUUCUC